UGGGUGUCUAUGGUUUGGUAUGUUAUAAUUUGAGGUUUCAGUCUAAUUUGUUAGGGUUUUCAAUCAUCUCAAUGGCGAGUGCAAGUGGCGAUCCAGGGUCGACUUCCUUGAACUCCAACGAUGAAGAAGAGAUGAAUAUAUUCUUGAAAGUCAUGAAAACAGUGGCCUUCAAGGUGAAGAGGUCGGAGAGAAUUAAAGAUGUUAAAGCUAAGUUCCAGGACAAGGUAGGCAUUCCGGGUAAUGUUCAAGGUCUCUUCUUUGCUGGAAAUGAACUAAAGGACACCCAAACAUUGGUAGAUUAUGCUAUCCAGAAGAACUCAACCCUCCAUCUGUUUCUUCAAGCUGCCGUCGUUGGAAUGAAAUUGUUUGUCAGGCUUCCACCAAACCAGAGAACCAUAGCACUUGAAGCAGACACAAGGGAUUCUGUCCAAAAGAUCAAGGCCAUGAUUCAGGAUGAGGAGGGGAUCUCACAGAACUCUUUUACACUAAUCUAUUCUGGAAGAAAACUUGAAGAUAGCUGGACUCUGGCUGCUAACAACAUCCAGAAUGAAGCAACUGUGCAAGUGGUUUUCAAUCCAAGAGAUGUGAUGAUAUUACAUGUAGAAAUACCAUGUGCACAGACCAUGAGGCUUGAAGUGAAGAUGUUGUACACCAUCCAUGAUGUCAAAUCGAUAAUCGAGUGCAUGAGUGGCAUCCCUAUUUACCAACAGAAGCUUAUUUAUGCUGGACAACAGCUUGUGGAUCGCCAGACUUUGGCUCAUUAUAACAUCACUGAAGACUCUGUAAUAGAGAUGUUACCUCCCUCAUUUCAGAUAUUUGUCAAGACAUGGAGUGGAAAGACCAUAACACUUGAUGUUGAGAGUUCUAAUACUGUUGGGGAUGUUACAGCAAAGAUUAAUCAAAAGCUUAGGUUUUCAAGCGCGCAGCAGCGCCUUCAAUUUGCUGGAAGAAUGCUUGAGGACGGUGCAAGCCUGGGUAGCUACAUGAUCCAGAAGGAUUCCACUCUAAAUCUCGUUUUGUCACCUGCACUAAAAAUAACCAUUUAUGUCAAGGCAUCAAACUCGAGGCUCGGGAGCCCCAUGCCAUUUCUGGUAGAUCGCUUAAAUACUGUGCGUGAAGUGAAGGCUAUGAUCCGAGUCAGCAUGGGAGUUGUACCAACUAAGCUCUUCCAUGAAGGAUUGAAACUAAGAGAUUCAUUUAAUCUGGCAGACUGUGGGAUUCAUAACUUCUCAAUACUAGAAUUUCAUUCUGUGAAGUCUUAGUGAGGAUUCCUGCGGUCUCCUGCUGUCCUCUUUGGUUCCCAUCUUUUGUUUCAUCAGCAGAUGCCGGUAAUAGACCCACUCACUCCCUAGUCCCAACAAAAGCUAGAAUAUGUUUGUGGGCAUUUUGGCUAGCAACAUGGAUCAUCAUUGGAGGUUGCAGCUUUCUGUUGAAAAGUAUUUUGUCAAUAGCUAUUAUGUGUACUUGUAAAUAGGAGGAAACCUGUACUGAAUGUGGUGGCUCAUAGGAUCUCCCUGACCAUGUCACCUUCUGGUUAAGCUUCUCUUGUCUGUCUCAGCUGUGGUUUUAUGGGAAAACACUGACCUUUGGACUACAUUAGACUUUUUUCGUUUAUGGCAAUGCUGCUUGUUUCUUGGA